GAGUCGCGCGAGGUCGAGUCAGACUGAGAAAGACCACCACGGACAACCCCAAGAAAGACACCAACCUCAUUGGCCACAAUCUGCAGCGAGAAAGCCCCAGAUUGAAUGGCAACAGAAAUGAAGGACACGAAGGGAGGCGAGGUGCAAAUAGAUAUGGAGGCGGCGAGGAGAUACUUGGAGAAGGAAGGUGAAACCGCAGCCUCCAUGGACUCGCUGCCUGAUAAGUUCUUUGAGCCUUUUAUCAUGAAAGGCAUUAAAGUUGAUCGCAUUGAACGCGGCACAAUUGUCUGCUCCUUCAAAGUACCCCCACGGUUGCUGAAUGGGGGCGGUUUCCUGCACGGUGGAGCUACGGCAACCCUUGUGGAUUUGGUUGGGUCAGCUGUAAUCUAUACUGUUGGAGCUCCCACUGUUGGAGUGUCUGUGGAGAUCAAUAUUUCGUACUUGGAUUCUGCUUAUGCUGGGGAGGAUGUUGAGAUUGAGGCCAAGGCUUUGAGGGUUGGGAAAGCAGUGGCUGUUGUUAGUAUUGAGUUCAGGAAGAAGAAGACGGGGAAGAUUAUUGCUCAGGGGCGCCAUACCAAGUACCUUGCCCUCGCUAGCAAAUUGUGAGCAACUUAGGAAUUCAUGGAUUCAAAACAUAAUUCAGUCAGAGUAUGUAAAUUGAACUGAAAGCAAUGUUCAUUUAAACUGCUCCUUGCUUUGUACUAAACAGCUUCGAAUCAAAUCAAUAAUAAAGUUACGGUAUAAAAU